AAAAGUUAAAAGAAACACACAAAAAAAAAACACACACAAGAAAAAAGAAUAAUAGGAAGAAGAUGAAACUUAUUUGGUCACCGGAAACAGCAUCAAAGGCUUACAUCGACACCGUUAAAUCGUGCGAGAAGCUUGGAACGCCAGGAGCGGCGGAGCUAGUAGCGGCUAUGGCGGCGGGGUGGAACGCGACUCUAAUCGUGGAAACAUGGUCAGAAGGAGAAACCAUAGACAUUAGCGUUGGUUUAAACGUAGCGAGUCAACACACAAAUGCAAGACACAUUUGUAUUGUACCAAACGCAAUAUCAGAAGCCGCUUAUCUUCAAGCCAUGACACAACAAUCUUGCUCCACCUUGCCUGAAACAAUCAUUAUGAACGAGGAAGAAGAAGGAAACUCCGAGGACACGAUGCAGAAGCUGCAAGGAAUCGAUUUCUUGGUAAUUGAUUGGGAUCAAAAGGAUUUUGCAGCAAACGUUUUGAGAAACGCUGCGUUUGGUAGCAGAGGAGCUGUUGUGGUGUGCAGAAGCGGUUACAGGAGAAGCACGUCAUGUUUCAGUUGGACAAAAGCGUUUAGUGACCGGAACGUUGUGAGAACGGUGACUCUUCCGGUUUCAGGUGGUCUAGAAAUUGCUCAUGUGGCUGCAGCGAGAAUCUCUGGGAAGAGUGAUAACAACAACAAGAGGAAAUGGAUCAAACAUAUUGAUCAAAGAUCAGGAGAAGAACAUGUUAUUAGAAAGUAAACAAAUAAAUAUAAAACUAUAUAGACAAAGUGUGUAAUGAUGAUAUGUUUGAUAUUUGUACAUAAAGCAAUUGUUAUUGGAACAUUUGAUUGUUGUAUUACAUUACACUUAAUGAAAAUGGCAGCAGACUCUAUGAAGCACGGGGACG